AUGCACAGCGCCGUCCGCGAAACGCUACUCUUCGUGCUCGCGGGUGUCCUCGAGAUCGGCGGUGGCUACGGCGUGUGGGUGUACGUGAAGAACAGCGAUCAAGCGUCACCUAGCCAAAUUCUGUUUGCCGUCAUGGGCUCGAUUGCAUUGGUGGUCUAUGGGUGGGUCCAGAGCCUUCAAGCCAUCGAGUUCGGACGACUGUUUGCCGUGUAUGGAGGGUACUUCAUCUUACUCAGUCUCUUGUGGGGAUGGGCCAUUGACGGCAAACGGCCCGAUGUUGGAGACUGCGUUGGCUCCGGCAUUGCGUUCGCGGGCGUACUUGUCAUGUUGUACUGGCCCCGAUGACCACACAAGUCCACGAGAUCAACCCGACUUUAGCAAGGAGCUCCGUGUAUACCCACAUUAAGCGGUGAAUUCUGUGAGAUCACUGCUUGAUCAAGGGCUCAUAACGAAUGCGGGAGCUCACCGCGCGCGGCGGAAG